CCUCAGCACCUCCGGCAGCAGCUCCAGCGGCAGCAGCAGCAGCAUGGACCUCUCCUUCAUGGCCGCGCAGCUUCCUGUUAUGGGAGGAGCCUUUAUGGACUCACCAAAUGAGGACUUUAGUACAGAGUACUCUUUGUUUAACUCAUCAGCCAAUGUCCACGCAGCUUCUUCCAUGCAGAAUCCACCAGAAGAAACAUCCCGGUCUUCAAACGAUGCCAUAUUGUUAUGGAUUGCAAUCAUAGCAACAAUUGGAAAUAUUGUGGUUGUGGGAGUGGUGUAUGCCUUCACCUUCUAGGAUGCCUGUCACUCCAAACACUGGAAGAGAGGAUAACUACAGCAGUAUUUGUCAUGUGUAUGUAUGUAUGUGUGUAUAUAUACAUGUAUAUCUAUAUAAAUACAUAUAGGUGGGGACUUUGUUGGAUAAGUACUGCCACAAUCACAGAAAAGAAAUGCAAGCUAAUCAUUAUGAAUCUUGAUUCUCUAAUGGAGAACAGCGCCAACACAAGAUUUGUAUGGAAAUAUAAUGAAAGGCAGACCAGUGUACUUACAGUGGAUACAAAAAGGAAGUGAGAUUUAUCCAGGAAGUGCUUAUUUUCUACUGUUGAGAUUUUUCUAGCAGCUUUUCUGGAUUUUGUCAGAUUUUUGUGCAUUUUUUUUACUGUGGUAUAACACUGUAUGUAAUUGUUGUGUGUCAUAGUUAGUAAACAUGUUAGUUUUUCAGGUGGCAUUGACUCAGUUCUGAUACAGUACAGGUUCAUUGUGUGUGCAUUGUAGCACUUGCAUACACUAAGCUGUGUUCAAAAUCAUGAGUCUUAACAUCAUGAGAGGCAGAUGCACUGUACUAAAACUUGCCUUCCAGUAUCAAUGACUGGAUAUGAUCAUCUAAGAAUUGAUGCUCCACCUGCCUGCUGGUUGCAGGAGACACAAAGUGUGAGUGGAAUAGAACAGCAUAAGCCCCUAUUUCUGUGUAGAGAUGCUGGAUUGCAAUGACAACAGCAGUUUAUAGGUGUGUUUCAUCUAGGAACGAAAGGACAAAUAUCAUGCUUUCAAGCUUAUUUCAUCAUAAUCCAGGUUUUCUACAGAAUACAUUCUUUCAUAAGCAUAUAGUUGUAGCAAAUGAAUGUGGGGGAACUGUGAAGCCUAAUUAACAGUGAGUGAUGUCUUAUGAACAAAGUUGAAUUUAAAGAAAGAUGAGAUACUUCUGUGCUCACAAGGGAGUGAGUACAGGAGUCUGGUGUAUGCAGGGUAGAAAUAACACAAAGGUAAGAUAUGGUUGGUGAACAAGUACCUGUGUCUCAGUCUUAAGUCUCUAUGUUCUGGCUCCUGGAAGUGGCUUUUAUAGAGCCUACUGUAAGUAACAGCUCUGCUCACUGAAUUUUUUUUCUAUUGGGGAACAUUUUCAUUGCAUUAUUCCCAUAAGCACUUCCUUUUCAAAGUUGCAGCUGUUCUUGUUUCAGAGACUAUAAAAAUCCUGAGGGGAGAGGAAAAAAAUCACCUUUGUUGAAAAUCUCCCUCUUCCUCCUACAAGAAGUAAAAAACACCACAAAUAAAAACUCCAAAAUAUUUGAACUUUGAGACAGUGGAAGAGAAAUUCCUGCUCCAAAUCUAUAUGUACUGUCUCAUGCAACUACUGUGCUAAUUUCAGAAAGCCUUGUCUGAAGGCACAGAGCCUAUUUUUGACACUUUCCUGCUACUGAGCCUGAGGCUGGACUAAGAGAUCGCAAAUCCAUUGGGAAGUUUGAAUUUUCCUUCUUUUCUCUUUAAAUUCAUUUCCCUUCAGGGCUGGUGGACAGUUACUUGAAUCAAAGCAGCAUGCCCCAAAUUGGUGAUUAGAAUUGCUCCUAGUCACUGUGUAUAUUUUUUUCUGUCUUUUGUGAACUUGCUUUUAAAGCUGGAAAGAUGCAAACAGCCAGCGAGAGGGAAAAAUAGAAUAAGUUAUCCUAAGGAUGGAAAAUCCAAUGACAACUCAGUUGAGAAACUGAGCAUCCGUGUGUUUAACUAUUUUUCAGUUUGGAGGAAUUCUGUGAAGAUGGUUGAGUACAGAAGAGAUCUGUUCUGAGAAAAAUCUUGAGAAUUAGUGGAAGCUUAGCCACGCAGGAAAAAAAUUAUAAUAACACACAAUAAUAAUAAUAUAAACUGCAAAAACUGUGCUAUUCACUGUCCUAAAGUAGCUGUUUGCCCCUUUGUAGGUCAAAAAUAAUGAAGUUUUAAAAAUGGGUAAGCUGUAUAAAUUGUGUACCUGUCCUGUUCUUCAAUUCUUCUUUAUCCUUUCUGAGCAGAAAGCAAACUGUUAAGUGAGGCUGGAAGGCUGCAGAGGGGUUUUGAACAGGGAACUGAGCAUGACAGGGUAAUGUAUACAGAUACACAGGACCCCUGGAAACAUCACGUGAAAUACAAUUUUUUUGAUAUUCUCUUGCUUUUGUAAUUAGAUCAAUUACUUACAUGCUUUUUGUCAGAUUUUUUUUUUUCAGAAGUUCAGUAGGCUCUCUAGUUAGACCAAAACCUGGAAGCACAUGAACAGCACAACAUUUUUCACCGUGAUUAAAACCAAUUUGACAAUAAGGUUCUAGCCCAAUGAGGUUAUUCUACUGCCAAGUAACUUUGUUUAAAUUUCCUAUUGAAUAUUAAUCUAAGUGCAAUUAGCAAUGUUUGCCCUUUCUUUCUCAAAGCACUGUACUAAAUUCUUUACCCAUGAAGAAAUUGAAGAGGGAAGAGUAGAGAACCACCACUCUGCUAAUGAACCCAAGUGACACUACUGUGUUGUUUUUCCCAAAGAAAGUGCCCUACUUUCAUGUGAAAUUAAUAAUAAUUGCAGGGGUGUUGGAAAACAAUGAAUUGUGACUUCCUAACCCAGAUCAUUCUCAUACAUACUUACAUCAUUACAGGCUGAGUUGUCAAAAAGGGCCAGACAGAACUUUAAUUAAAGUAAUUGGCUUGACAGUGUGAUAGGAAAACGGAGUGCAGGCAGCAAGCACAAGCAGUUCCUAUCUUGUAGUUAAAGAUGUUAACUGUUCUGUCAGUUUCCUGCUACAAAAAAAAACCCAAAAUAUCUCUAACAUUCAGGUGCAAGGAUAUUGCACGCAGGAGUAUACACAGAAUACUGCCAGGCAUAUAAAAGAUCCCUAUAUUAAAGCAGGAAGGCUGGCUCAGAUUCUGGUCAGUUUUGAUAGCAAUAACAUACUGUGUAUGUUUCUGGGUUGAGCCACUACAGUCACUUAAUCUCUUAGAAGAAUCAGGAAAGUUAAAAUUCAGGCAUUGAAAAAGGAGACUCAUCCAUCACUAAGUGCAGCUAAACCACAGAGGGGAAUGGGGAAGAAAUGGUGGCUGUUUCAUAGAUAUGGUCCCUUUGAAAUGUGCUAUUACUGCCUCUUUACGUGUGUGUGUAAGUUAUACCCUGAACUGUCAGCAAGCUUGACUUGGAAUGCUAUAGCUGCUCCUUUCCUUGAAGCCCAGCAGCUGGAGAAGUGCUACCUGUCACUGAGGGAUGAUGAGUAAGCCCAAAUACACUCCCUGGACUCAUACUGUAAAAAAGUUGAAGAGGCUUCUGUGCUUUGCUGAGUAUUUUGUGCAUCAGCUUUAGAGCAGGAUUCCACUUGUAGAAGAUCUAUGCUUUAAAUAAAAGCAUUUAGCACAGAUAACAGUUACAAGAGCCUGAUUGGAGUUUAUUUUGUAGCAGAUAAAGCAAAACUACCUGCAGUACUAGACUCCUAGUUAUGCUGUAAGCACAAAAGCAAUACUUUGCUCUGCUGUGUUAUUAAUGAUCCCCAGGAAGAGGGAAACGAACUGGAUGCCCUUUGUGCCUUUUCUAGCCAUGGCCCCUAGGGAUCUGUGACAACAUAUCAAAUAAUCAAACUGUCACUUACAAAUUUUUUUUGGUCUAAGCAUCCAGCAGAUUGAUGCAGCUGCUGUGCAGCCACUCCAGCAGGGAGAUGGAAGGCUGAGCACUCAUGGAAGUACAUGAAAGGGGACAUUAGAUAGGAGGAUUGGGUGAGGAAAUGCAUGCAGCCAUUCCUGUCACAGUUUUAUCUCCAGGGCUGGCUAUCUGUGCUUGUCCACAGCAUUAAUAUCCCCCAAAAUAAAAUAAGGGAGUAAAAAUGUAUUUUCAUGUCAGUGCAUUUGCAAAACUGAGCAACAGACUUUGAAGCUGAUGCAGCAGCAAUAGCAGAAGGACUCAUCUGCUAUGAUUAAUGUAUUUAGCAAUUUAAAUGAAAAAGUGAGUGGAUGGUUACCUUGAAAGUAAAGAGGUCCCCUCUCCAAAAUCCUUGUUUGCAUUUGGACUUGAGGGUUGUCAGCAUUCCACCAAACUGCUGAACAGCCUGUAAUAACAAAGCUCCAGGCAAGAGUGAAUAGAAUCAUAAAAUUCAGCAAGGUUAAAAAAGACCUCCGAGAUCAUUCAAUCCAACUGUCCACCUAUCACUAAUGUUUCCCACUAAACCACAUUCCUCAGUACAAAAGGUAAACAUUUCUUGAACACCUCUAGGGACAGUGACUCCACCACCUUCCUGGGCAAAAUAGAAGCAGCCAGGCAUUUUAUUGCAGCCCUGUACAUUUGUUUGGAGUUAAAAGGGAAAAUCCUAUUAUCUGGGACCAAUACGAGUCUUUGGGCUGUAGGUUGUUAUGCAUUUUGUCUAUUAUUAGAAGCUUUCUUUUUGCUGUUCUCAAAAUUAUUCCAGUUCUUAAUAUCCUCUUCACAUUGCUCUGCAGGCUGCUGAGAGCUAUUCAUUUCAUGUAGCUCUGUUCAUUUAUACAAUGUCAUUUUACUGGGUUUCCUGUGGCUAAUCACAGAGCAGAAUCUAGAAAAUUAUUCAUUCCAAGGCAGAGUUCUGAUUUUCAGCCUAUUUUUCUCUAUAAUGGAACUGUAGAUCAAAAUGCUUCUGUGUUUUUGGAGCACGCAGAGCUCUGGUAACUGGAUUUCAUCUGGCUAAUGCUCAGAAAGAAAAAGGGCAAUCAGGUCUCUGAUGAUAAUGUCAGACAUCAGGGUUCUGACAAGCAAAGCUUAGUGCUUCAUUAACUUCUCAUCUGCCCCUCUGAGCCCCGCUGCCUUCUUGUACACACAGUCUGAGCUGAGUUUCAGUGAGCUAGCCAUCAGGUACAGCGUGUCCUUCCUGUCUUACAGCUUGCUCAUCCGCAGGGAAUGAAGAGAAUUUAUUCCCUUAGCAGAAGAGCAGAGAUCAAUAUUCUGUUAGGAAUGUUGUUACUUGGUACAUCGGUCAGUCAUCAUAAGAUCAAGGUCAGGAUGGUUUAACAAGCAGUAAGCCCUUUGCUGCUGAUCUGGGAACACCUUAAAGAAUUCAAAACGUCUUGAGGUCUUAAGGUCUUCUAAUGCCCUAGAUCUGAUUUUUGUCUUUCCUCAUACAGCUCCUCUUUUUUAUCUUUGACUUUGUCUUCCCAACUUCAGAUGGUAAAAAUGAAGUCACCUCUUUGCUUGUGUAUGGACAUACAGGGAAAUCCUAGCAGGUUGGAACCAAGCAUGUCCCAUUUCAGUUUUGGCUCUUCUAGCACAAAGUUGAAGAGAAGACUCCAGUAGUCUCUCCAGAAAUCUCUAGGGAAAUGUGUCCUCACAUGGUAUGGCAAUUUUGUGUCAUUCUGGCCUGUUAGUACCAAGGUAAAAGCUCUUUCAUAUGAACACAGACAGUGGUUUCAUCCUUUUGAUACAAUUUGGGAUGAUUAUGCUACCCACUCUUACCUUUCCAGUGUAAGCUGCCAGUGAAGAAAUUUUGCAUUUGUAGAAAACACAUAGAAAGCUUCCCAUUUUGCAAGAAUCAUCUUCUAAAGUGCUGCUUAG